CCCCCGCCAUGGCCGCUGCCCGCCGCCGGGACUAAGUGGCUGCCGGGUUACUAGUCUCCUCGGCCCAUCCCGCGCUGCUGGGUCCGCCGGCCGGUGGCGCAUGGGUCUCCUUCGAGGCUGGCCCCCAUGUUCCCGGGCCAUGGCGCGACUAGGCGCUGUGCGAUCCCACUACUGUGCUUUGCUGCUAGCCGCGGCGCUUGCUGUCUGUGCCUUCUACUACCUCGGCUCGGGCCGGGAGACCUUCUCCAGCGCCACCAAGAGGCUGAAGGAGGCCCGCCUCGGGGCCCCCGCCGCGCCCUCGCCGCCGGCGCCAGAGGUGGCGCGGGGCUCUGUGGCACCGGCCCCGGGCGUCAAGGCCAAGAGCCUGGAAGGCGGCGGGAUUGGGCCGGUGGACUACCACCUGCUAAUGAUGUUCACCAAGGCGGAACACAAUGCGGCGCUGCAGGCCAAGGCCCGCGUCGCGCUCCGCUCUCUGCUACGCCUCGCCAAGUUCGAGGCGCACGAGGUGCUUAACAUGCACUUCGUGAGCGAGGAGGCCAGCCGCGAGGUGGCCAAGGUCUUGCUGCGGGAGCUGCUGCCGCCUGCCGCCGGUUUCAAGUGCAAGGUCGUCUUCCAUGAUGUUGGUGUGCUGACGGACAAGCUCUUCCCUGUCGUGGAGGCCAUGCAGAAGCACUUCAGUGCCGGCUCAGGAACUUACUACAGCGACUCCAUCUUCUUCCUCUCGGUUGCCAUGCAUCAGAUCAUGCCCAAAGAGAUCCUGCAGAUAAUUCAGCUGGACCUAGACCUAAAGUACAAGACCAACAUCCGGGAAUUGUUUGAGGAGUUUGACAGUUUCCUGCCAGGCGCCGUCAUUGGCAUAGCAAGAGAGAUGCAGCCAGUGUACAGGCACACAUUCUGGCAGUUUCGCCAUGAGAACCCCAAGACCCGGGUUGGGGGCCCUCCCCCUGAAGGGCUCCCUGGCUUCAACAGUGGAGUGAUGCUUCUGAACCUGGAGGCCAUGCGCCAGUCCCCGCUUUACAGCCGCCUGCUGGAGCCGGCGCAGGUGGAGCGGCUGGCUGACAAGUACCACUUCCGCGGCCACCUAGGGGACCAGGACUUCUUCACCAUGAUCGGCAUGGAGCAUCCCGAGCUCUUCCAUGUGCUGGACUGCACCUGGAACCGGCAGCUUUGCACCUGGUGGAGGGACCAUGGCUAUAGUGAUGUCUUUGAGGCCUACUUCCAGUGUGAGGGUCACGUCAGGAUCUACCAUGGGAACUGCAACACCCCUAUCCCGGAGGUCUAGGCACAUCCUCACCUGCCAGGCCUAGGGUCUCCGGAUCUGAGAAAAGGAAAGUGGCACCUCUGGGACAGGCCCAGGUGGUGUCUGGGCCCCUAGAGAGACACUGUGGGGAUGUCCUUUGUAAUCAGCUCUCCCACCCUGUGGGUCACCUCCUGAGGCGCCUAGUGAGGAUUGGCCUGCACACUGCUGGUGCUCGGGGCCUCUUCCCUCCAGGAAACCAGGCCUCGUGAGGGGCAGGCAUCUUCCCAUGGGCUAGGAAGCAAGUUUGAAGAGAAGGAAGGGAAGAAAACUCUGCCCCUUGCCUUCAGACCCCAGAGAAUGGAAAUCAUCUUAUGAGCCAGCCUUUCUUGGACCAAAUAUAAAUUUAUUUUAAAUUCACAGGCUUCAAUUUUGCAAGAAAACAAGAAGUCCUUCUAUAGCUCUGUGUGAGCCAGGGUUUUAACAGCUAGCCCAGAGCUUAAACACCCAAACGAAUGUGAGCCUUCCACCUGCACACCCCACAAGGCUCUGCGCUCAUUCCUACGGUGCCUACAUUGUGUGGAUAUAAAGGCCACCACUUCUCUGGAGAAGGUCUUUAGGGCCAGCAGUGGCCCACAUGACACAUUAUUUUAGCCUUUAUAGUUUUUAUCUCCCAACAGCAUCACAGAACCUCAUCCAAGCCAGCUUCAGGUGACUAGACUGUGCUCAGAAAUCUAAUCUGCCAUGAAAGAACAGAGAUUGGCUGCCUCCAAGACAGGCAGUAGAGUUGUCUGGACUAGGAAGACUCAUUGCAAAGAGGAACCCAACAGUUCACGAGUGUCACCAUGUGGCUUAGAAUGGGUGUUGCCCUUAGACUUAUAAACAGUCCAGUCUCUUUGUUUAAAAAAAUCUUCCUGUGAGUUUCUUACUGCAUCAUGUCAGAGUCUAUAGCUCAGAAGAAAUUAGGGUAUCAUUUCUUUAUUUCUUCUUUUAAUGAGUUCUCCUGUGAGUAAGCUGCAAACAUGAAGUGGUCAUUUUGCAUAGUCCAGAUGAAAUCCCUGAGGAACAAUUGGAUUUUUGUCUUAUUUUAUUUCAAUUUCAUUUGCUGUUUUAUUUCUUUUUAGCAGGAGUGAGAAUAGCUACUAAAUACUCUUUGAGAACACAAUGAUUUACGUUGUUUGUUCUCUGAUCAGUUUUCCUUCACUAUGAAAAUUCUGAAUCAAGAAUGUAAUCGAUGUUGUUCAGAGUCCCCCCUCCACAUGAUUAGGCUAAGGCAUGGGCACAGUGGGUCUCUGAGAACUAAGGGGGAACAUGCCUGAAGGGGCAGUGCGGAGGGUAGUAGUGUUAUAUUCAAGUCAAAUAGAGAAUUAUUUCUUUCUAGGUAUUGGCAGGCCCCUCUUCUCCCAGGAGCUAAACCUACCCCGUCACUUCCGGUCCUCCUUACGCCAAACUGUCUGCGCCUGUCAUCCCCUGACGAAAUGGAGCACAUUUGUCUCUUCUGAGCUCUAACAGAAUGGGCCUGUUCUCUUAGGUACUUGAUUUCCUAUUUAUAGUUACCAAUUAUUGGAUGCCUGCUGUGUGCCAAGCAUUGUAUUAGGGGAUUUAUAUACACUAUUGAUAAUGCUCAUGGAAACUUCAUGAAGAUAAUUCAAAUCCUAAAAUUUAUUAUAAUAAUGAGAGAUGUGAACAGAGAGUCAUUAUUUAUCAUAGCAUUUUUUAUAAUAGAAAAAAAUUAGGAGUGACUUAAAAUGUUGAGGGGAGUGGAAAAAUGUUACAUCCAUUUAGAAUAAUGGAAUAAUUUAGGCAUUAAAAUAAUAGUUUUAAAGAAUAUUUAAUGCCUUGGGAAAUGCUUACAAUGUGCUAUUAAAUAAAGAUUGCAAAAUAUAAGAUUGUAUGUACAGUACGAUCCUAAUUUCACUUUUUAAAUUACAUAUAUAUGUGUAUAUGCACAUCAGUAAAAAGAGAGCCUGUUCUGCUACAUUUCAUUACUUCAGCUCCUAAAAAACCAUGUGUUUCAAACACUUCAUUAAAAAAAAAAACACACACAAUCAUUUCGAUGGAGAAGAGUAGAUAAAAUGCUGGAGAAUUUUAGACUCACAAUAACAAAGGUAUUUUUUCCUGCAUUAAUUUCAAUAAUUAAAGUAGUUCUAUAGCUAUGAGCAUCUCUUUAUUGCAAGGAAAAAACAUAAACUGGUUGAUCAAAAUGGGCAAAAGCCAAACCUUGCUCACUUUUGAAAUCCCCACUCAGGAGCACCCCCCCCCGCACCCCUCCUCGUUCUGUCAUCAGUAUCCUUGGCCUUACAGCUCCCUGGUGAACAUCAACAUGAUACAAAACAGGAAAUCCAGCCAGACCCGCAUGGCACCGUGUGCUCCUGCGCUUCACCACAAGCGGCUGUCUGACAAAUUUUGGAGGCUGAUUCUUGAUGGGAAUCCUGCUUUCACCAAAGCAAUACAUACAUAAUUGUGUUGUGUUUAACUUUCCUUUUGAAGACUUUCCUAAAGCACAUGCCUGUAGGAAUGAAUAGAGCAGAAGUCUAAAAAGAGAACAUUUCUGGGUACUAAGAUUAAGGUGCUUUUUAUCUUCAUCUACAUUAAUUUUAUAUUUUCCAUUGUAAAUACAAAUGAGUUUUGUAGUAAAGAUAAUAAAUGCCAUGAAAUGUAGCCACCAGCCUUCCCUCCUGUUGUAAGCAAGCAUCAGCGUGGCCACUUUACAGCUCACUGUCGGUUAUAUUUACUGUCUGUCUCCCAUAGGAAAACAUACUCUUGGCCAAGUAGGCUCUGGAUUUUCAGCUUUCCCUGUGGAUGCCCUAGUUCUCUAAUUAAAAGUGACCUAA